ACUGUGGGUGGAUGGGGACAUCGUGUGCAGGGUCCAUCCGUUUGUGUGGACAAUUUGGAUAGAUCAUCAAGCAUGAAUUCUCCUCUCAGAUAUGUUAUCGAGUGGAUCUAAUGGAAGACUUGUGAACUGCCAAUGGAGAACGGGGACAAAAAUCAGGUUGGUGAUGUCAGUUCCAUUACAAUGGCAGAUCAGGAUGAUCCAAGGGAAAACUUGAUUGCAACAGCUGUAAAUUUUCUUCAGAAUCCAAACGUUCAGAGCAGUUCUCUGCCACAAAAAAGGCAUUUUGAAAACCACAAAAAAUCUGUUAUGACACAAGUGUUAGAGGUGCAAGCAGAGAUGAGCAGUACUUUGGUUAAAGUACAGGAGACUUUGCAGGCCAUUCAGACCACAUUAAGGCAGCAGGAGGAGCAAAUUCAGGAGCUGUCUAUCCAAUCAGGAGCCAAGAAGACAGAGGCUAGCUUGAGCAGACUGCAGGAUUCACAGCUGGUAACUGAACUCAAAUCAGAAGUCACUUCUAUCAAAGGUCUUCUGCUCAACAGACGUCAGUUUCCUCCUGCUCCCACGACGACACCAGUACUGCCAUCUUGGCAAAGAUCAGCAGCAAGCCCUGCGGUGACAUCGGGGAAUGUCGGCCCGUCUGGGGACAGUGAGGCCGUAGAGGGCAAGAGUCAUGAGGCUGUGAGUGAUGUGCCAAAUAGUACUGGAGAAAGGAUGAGCAGUGAGCCAGGGGACAGUGGAUUAAGAACGCACAGCGGGUUGAUAACAGCCAGCAAAAACAAUGGGAUGAAGCAGGAGUCACACUUUAAUGUGGAGGAAGAGGAAAGUGAUGAACUAGACCCAGCUAAUCAGAUUUUAGCAGAGCAAAGUUCUGUGCAGCAGGAAGACAGCCAGCCGUCUCCAAGCAGAGAGUUGAGGAAAGAAAAUGGGAUUCUGGUAGAAGACGACUCAACACUGAAAGUCUUGAGCUGAUCUAGGACAUUAAAAAAAAGUUUGUUGGGCGUCACCUGACAGACCCACCAUGUGUUUACUUAUAAGGCUGUGUACAACAACAAAUGAUUUAAAUAUGGUGCAGUUGUGUCUGGAUGUACUGGGAAAAAUUAUGGUUAUAUUUUGUACAUCUACAGGCAUGUUAGCUGUGAGAACUGCAUGUGGAUUGUUUUCAAGUUUAAUUGUGGUGGACAUUGUAGAGCUGUUAAUUUCACAUGGUUCUCAAACAUGAUUUUACAUUUAAUUCUGCAUCAUGGAUAAAAUAAUGCUAGGGAUUUGGAACCUAUGGGGUUGGUUUGGGUGAAGUGAUGCCAGGGAUUUGGAACCUAUGGGGUUGGUUUGGGUGAAGUGAUGCCAGGGAUUUGGUAUCUAUGGGAUUGGUUUGGGUGAAGUGAUGCCAGUGAUUUGGAACAUAUGGGGUAGAAGAAGUUGUAGAUGAUAAGAUAAAUGUAAUCAAUCUGCAGGUCUGUAAGGACAAGACAUUGUGCCAGAGCUUUUUGGAAGUUGUUGUUGGAAAUAUUUGAAAUUAGCACAUGAUUGACAAAACCUUUUACAGCAAUUACUAAUGGCCAUCAAGUAUACAUUGAUUUGGUUUCUUAUAUGCAGAAAAUAAUAGCCGUUAUAUUUUUCCUUGUUCAGUUGUCUACAAAAUCGGUGGGGAUCCACAUGUACUUUGGUAUAUGUAAGUAGAUGUCUUUGUACAGUGUGAGAAUGACAGCUAAUCCUUGAUGACCUGGGUUGGGGUCGGUGGGGUGGGGUGUUAGAGAACUUCACAAACUCAGAAAAUAUAUACAUUCAUGCACAUUUGGAGAAGUUGUUUUAUUUUUCAUUUGUUGGUGGGACAUGGCACGUGGUAAAGUGUAGAAUUUUCAACUCUUGGGACGCAGUUGCCAGUAGGUCAGCAGUUUAGCCUGGGCACUUUUUGGUUUCCUCCUCCGGUAAACAUUCUUGAGCAUUGUAUCAACACCAACCAACCAAAUAAAGAUAAAGUAUAAAUCUGUUCAGUGAGAUUCAAGAAUAAAAGUAGGUAUACAUGGUAUAGUGUUUCUGACUGAUC